UUUGUUUUUUUUUUCCUAAUGUGGUCGGUUUCUCUUUUCCUUUCCCCAACCGAGGCACUUUCCUGACUAGGGUUCUUUCUUCUCUUUAGCAAACUGGAUUUUAGUAAAUAAGAACAACAUCCAAACGCACCGAAACCCAGCGUCUUGCUUCCCGUCCAACCUGCGAAAACACUGGCCACCCGUGGAGCUGAAAAUGGCGACUAGCUUGGCCAACAGAGCCUCGUCCUCAAAUCAAACCCUAAAUUUCUUGCGCUACUCUUUCAAUUUGCUAAGAAACUUCAGCACUUCAUCGAAUUCGGCUCCGUCUUCGGCUCAAACCCCAUCUGCCACUACCACCCCUUCCAAGAAAUCGAAGCGACGUAAGAAGAAAAACCUAUUCGAGGUCGCUCAAUUUUUGCCCAAUUGGGGUCUCGGUUACCACUUGGCCAAAUCUCAUUGGACCAGUGUCUCUUAUGAGAUCACCAAGAUCAACCUAUACAAGGACGGUAGACAUGGCAAGGCAUGGGGGAUUGCCUACAAAGACGGCUCCAAUACAUGUGAACCAAACGUACUGCUGAAGUCAAAAUAAGCCAAGUCAUGUAGAGUUGGCAUACUCAGUUUCUGAUGAUAGCUUCCUUGAUAUUAAUGAUUAGAAGUGGAGCUGAAAGGAAAUGAGCUAUAGGUUUAUCUAUGACCUCCAGCCGAAUCUGUGACCUCCAGGUUCAAGAGCAGUGGUAUUACCAAUGCACCAAGCCCUUGUUCGCAAGAACCAAUAGGUUUAUCUAGUGAUAUUCUUGUGCAUUGGGCAAUGCAGCAACAUUGUUAGCCAUGUUAAAGACCACCUGUUGCACAAUUAUACUGUGAGCUGCUACUUUUAGAUAACCUUUUUAUCAGAUGUUUAUCUCACGGGUAAAUUAAUAAUACAGGAUUACCAGUCGCAGCUGCCAAGAAGAUUAGCGGAGUUCAUAAACGUUGCUGGAAAUAUCUACCAGGCUUAAAAAAUUUGAAUCAAACCUUGGUAGACUCCCCAAGUCUGACAACGACAGAAGCUGCUGCGCAGGGUGAAGUUCAAUCUGCCUGAUGCCAUUUUCUAUCUUCCUGGAACUAGUAAGCACGAGGGGCAUUUGAUCCUAUGUCAUUCUUGAAUUGGCACUCUGUUAUUAGGAGGUCCAAGGGUUUCCCCUGUUUCUGUUUUUAUCUUUUGCUCAGAGGACUGGAUUUCGCAGUUAGUAUGGAGUUAGGAUAUAAGUUUCAUUUUGGGUUGGAUGUACCGCUUCCUUUUCUCUGCCGCACCCAUGUUUGUUGAACUCAGGGCUGCUGAAAUGAAUGUGGUACGUGGCUGGCCGGGGGAGUUGAGCAGAAAGUUCCCAUAUAUGAUAUUAUCCGUGGCUUGUCAAACUAUACUGGAGAGAUUUACCAGUCUGAUUGGCGGUGAACAUCAUGAUUUGACAGCAUAUGCUACUCUGUGUCUCGUCUGUUCAUGUCGCUUAUUAUGGUCCUGGAAUUCUGUUUUGGCUGUCAUUCGACGAUGUUAACUAUGUUACUACGUACCUCCUCCAACAACUUGAUGUGUCUUCCUUUCCUUCUGCUGUCUUUGCCGCCGUUCCC